UAGACUGAGAGUAUCACUAUCCUUGUCUACUGACUUUGAAUUGUCUCCGGUCUCGGUCUAUAAAAGCUAAGCGGGGACGUGUCUGUGUGCGGCGCCUGACCAGUGUAUGAAUUCCGGGCCACACAAAAGACCUUGUUCCGGGCUUAACUGCUACCCCACGCAUAUAUAGGCAAACACAUCUUCCCUCUCUUCCUCAAAGCAAAAAUGGCACCCUCUUCCGAUGAUGGUCAUAACGGCCAACAAUUUGGUAAAGUACGACAAGAAUUCGAUGAAGGUUCGUUGGCAAAAUAUAUCGAAUCACAUGAAUCGAUCAGAAAUGCAAUCGCACUACCGAUCGAAGUUAAACAAGCAGCAUUUGGACAAUCCAAUCCAACAAUGCUCUUAAUCGAUGCAAAGAAGAAUAAAUUCAUCUUGCGUAAAAAACCACCAGGAAAACUGGUUAGCAAAACUGCACAUGCUAUCGAACGAGAAUAUAGAAUUAUCAAAUCGAUCGGACAAUAUAAUGCUUCUUUACCCAAAAAACGUCAUGAUGAAAAAGCAGUUCCUGUUCCGGAAGUAUACUGUUUAUGUGAAGAUGCAAGUGUGAUCGGAACGCCUUUCUAUAUCAUGGAAUUCAUCGAAGGCAGAAUCUUCACAGAUGCACGAAUGUUGAAUCUACCAAAGGAGGAGAGGAAGAAAUGCUGGUUCUCUGCGCUAAAGACGUUGGCAAAUAUGCAUAGAAUCGAUCCCAACAGUAUCGGAUUGAAAGGGUACGGAAAGGAGAAAGACUUUUAUCCUCGUCAAUUACGCGGGCUAUCAAUGGUAUCAUCCAUGCAAGCACAAGUGAAGGACAAAGAAUCGGGAGAAGAAGUUGGCCCGAUUCCUGAUUUCGAUGAGUUGAUCGAGCUACUCGGUGAAAAGAUGGUCACCGAUGAGAACGGAAUCGUUCAUGGCGAUUACAAGAUCGACAACUUGAUCUACCACCCAAAAGAACCUCGUGUGAUCGCAGUGAUCGAUUGGGAAUUGUCUACUCUUGGUCAUCCACUUUCCGAUUUGGGUAACCUGUUACAACCUUUCAGCAUGCCUUGCCCAAACCCUGAAGGUAUCAAUGAUAUCGAAGAGGUGAAACGUGCUCAAGCAAGAGGAGAAAUGUUUAUGUUGUUGGGUGGAUUGAGCGAAGAAGUGAGCCCGGUACCGCAAAAAGAAGAAUUGAUGAAAGUAUAUUGUCAAGCUGUAGGUCGACAGUAUCCUAUUGCCAAUUGGAGUUUCUGUGAAGCUUGGGCUUGGUUUAGAGCAGCAGUGAUUUCACAUGGAAUCGCAGCCCGUGUUGCACAAAGACAAGCAAGUUCAGCCGAAGCAAAGCUUUAUGCUACUAAAUUUCCACAUGCAGCCAAAGCAUCUUUAGAUUUACUCAGAAAGCCUGUUCAAGCAAAGUUGUAAUCGUAUCCCUUCCAUUGACAUGAUCAAUAGUUAUAUCAUCUUUUUUGACAUAAUCCGAAC